AUGUUCGACGGCAGCUUCAAAGCUCCGCGUCAAGUGAAUCUCAGUGGUCGUAAGAAGCCUCUGACGACGUCGAUAUCAAGUUUUAAAGGUCGAAAUGACGGGUCAAAGGACGAACUCCUGCGCACGAAUCGAUCGGCGAGGGAAGAACGACAGGCAAUAAAGAUACGCACAGCUGCGAUUGCCAAGAUCCAGGCCCAAUUCCGUCGUGUCCAGGCUUCUCAAAUCGCUCGCGCUGCUGUAAUGCACAAUCUAGAGUAUCAACUUUAA